AUGUCCUUUGGUUCCUACACCACCCCGAGCCGUUGGGUUGUCCUCGACGAUUCAGACGCCAGGCUUCAAUACACCGGCCGGUGGUCAGAUAUCGAUGGGCAGCCCUUCGAUGACAUAGGCAACUUUGGGCCAACGUAUCGUGGCAGAAUGCAUGCAACUACAGCUGCUGAUGCUACAGUCUCGUUGAGGUUCAAUGGCACCGCCGUAUCUCUGCAAGGCUUCGCCGACGCUAUGGGCGCACCGAGUUUCAUUGAACGUGUAAAAUGGGAAUGCAUCCUCGAUGGCACCGCCGAGGAGGGAAUCAACACCAACACGGGGCUGGUUCCUCUUAACAACUACGUCCUCUGCUUCUAUCGUGACCUCUCGCCCGGUGAACAUACCUUUAGUGUGAGGAUCACUAGCAGCGGACAGAGGUUCUAUGUGGAUCGCGUCUCAUACGGCGCCAGCACCUCGACCACCCCAGAGACCGUCCAAGUCGACUAUACUGAUCCGGAACUUCAAUAUAGCGACGUAUCCUGGGAGAGGUUUGCGGGAUACCGUGUGCUGCAGACUGAUCAGCCCCAAUCGAGUGUCUCCCUCGAUUUCACCGGGACUGCGGUCGUCUGGUAUGGCAGCGCUCCAGAACCCUCCCUCAGCGCAUCGAGUGCCACUUACCAGAUCGACAAUCAAGACCCCGUUCCGUUCAAUAUCCGCGGCAACUUGGAGACGCCAGAACUCUUCCAGAAAUAUUUCGAGACAGCCGACCUGGAAUCAGGAUCCCACAAGUUGACCGUCAAGUACGAAGGAACUAUUGGCGCGAUGCCACUCUCGCUCUCCUACUUGGAGAUCAGUGGUGCCACAGGCACCGGAAUCACUGGAAAUUCGUCCUCGCCCGUGGCAACCCCAACUGCUAUUGUAGAAGGCGAGACUGGAACCCCCGUUGGACCCAUCGUGGGAGGCGUAGUGGGAGGGAUCGCCUUCCUCACCAUCCUUGGGCUAUUCGUGUGGUAUCUCGUUCGUCGCCACCGCACAGCAUCCCGGAAUCAUACUCCUGGGAUUGUCGCCUCAAGCCGCAAGAGUGUAUCGUCCGUCUCCUCUGACGAUAGCGAGAAGUACUUAAAGUGA